AUGGCAACCACGGCCGCAAUGGCGACCGAUGUCAAGAAACUGUCUUUUGCAAAGGUCGUCGCAUCUGGCUCAAGAGACAAAGUAACUCCGAGGCCUUCAGCUAUGCCCCAUGCUACACCGUCUCCUCGAUCGCGGGAGGCCAAACCAGCAGAGCGGCAAGCGCCUACCACGACCACGACUGCCGAGCCAGAAACACUCGGCGACCCGCCAACGUCAGGAGAUGCAGAGGGGAUCGUGUCUGUACACUCGGCAGUGCCAUCGGACGCCCAGAUGGGAGACGAAAACAAGGUUGUUGAGGGCCUCAAGGAGCUGUCCCUGCGGACUAGUCAACCAAGUCUAGUUGUCAAUGGGAGCGGAUCUAUCUCCACCGACAGAUCAAGCAAAAUCGGCAACAGCCAGACACCUUCGGACGAAGCCUCGCAGAAGGCCGACUCAAACUCGGAGCUCGGCACUAAGCCUCCCAGCCUUGACGGCAAGAGCAUCACCUCGGGCACGACGUUCAAUGCUCUCGACGAGAAGGAGUCUCUCCGACCAGAUGACAGUGCCAGCGUCAAGGCUGCAGCUGAAGACGAUGAUACCUUCUCCAUCCGUGGAUCCAUGUUUCCUAACUCGCGCAUGGGAUCCGAGGUGGCAGCUCGAGUGCAUCGUAUCCAGAUUGGAGAUAUGCCGCCGCGCACCAUGACCCAGAUGUUACCUGAUUCCCGCCUGCGGGGAUCGGUCACGCCCCAGAGCGCCUCAUCUGGCCCGCCUGCGAUGCCGGACAGUCACAUGCCGCUUGCUGCAGCAACUUCAGGCUCUGAAGCAAUCAGCAUCGGGUACAGGCAGAACCCAGAUGACAAACUUCUGGAAGCCAUGCGCUCCCCCAAGGACCGGCUGUUCUUGUUGCGACUGGAAAAGGACGUCAUCGAGUUUGUCCAAGAUUCCAAGGAACCCUUCAUGGAUCUGCCUCCCUGCAAUUCUUUCUGCCGCAUGCUCACUCACAAACUGGCCGAUUACUACCAUAUGACACACUCAUUCGAGGCCGUCGCCGGUGCAGUGCGUAUCUACCGCACCCCGUUCUGUCGUGUUCCACCAUCCCUUGCAAGCAUUGCGGCCGCGAACGAGACGAGCAGCAGUACUCCGCCUCCUGCCCUUCUACCUAGAAAGAUCAUGCGUCGUGGCGAAGACAGCGAACUGGCUGCAUCGAGCGGUGGGCCUUCCAAGCCAACCUCGGAGGAUGGCAGCGAUUCGAAGGACAAGAAUGCUCCUACCAAAGAGAAGCUGUCACGGGAAGAGCGUGAACAGAAAUACAACCAGGCCCGAGAGCGCAUCUUUGGCAGUGCUGCGCCAACAGAGACUUCUACUCCAGACAACGAAGAUGGAACAGGGAUCUCGCGCGCAAGUUCAGUGUCGGCCAAGGACAAAUCCAACACAGGCAAGAAUCGCAAGACCAGCCGGCAGAGACGUGAUGACUCUGAGAGCUUCGAUUCACGCUCCCAGUAUACCCCGUAUUACGGCCACCCGCAGCAGACUACGUGGGUUUCGCCACAGUACGUGCCUGUUGGAACGCCCCAGUACGCACCACAGAUGCAGCCGCAGCAAUUCCCAGGUCCCAUGCCGCAGGCUCCUUACGGAACACCGCCGAACCAGGGUUAUCAGCAAAUGAUGCCCGCGAACGGAUAUCCUCAGGGUAACAACAUGCAGGCAUAUCCUGUUCAGCAGGCUCAGCAGCAACGAUACCAACAGCCCCCAGCCACUGCCCAGAUGGCAAAUUACGCUGCCCCAAUGCAAAAUACCGCCCAGCCUGGCUGGCAACAGGCACAGAAUUUCAACCAGAGUCCCUACCAGUCCCGGGCGGUGCCAUCGCAUGUUGGCAUCCCGUACGCCUUUGGCCAGCUUCCCGUAAAUGCAAACCCGAAUGACCCUAAGAGCCAGCAUCCUAUCCCGGGCAGUUACGCUGGAAACUAUAAUCGCCAUGGCUUCAACCCCAAGACACAGUCUUUUGUCCCCGGAGCGACCGGCAUGAGCCCUAUGCAGGCUCAACUGAUGCCGUACACUGCCGGGCCACAGCAGAUUCCGAUCCCGCAACAAGUUGGGCAGCCUCACUACAGACCUGACGGGUACCAGCAGCCCAUGCCACCGCAGCCACCGUACGGCGCUAAUGGCGCUGGCUACGGUAUGAUGAGGCAAGGCUCCAACACUUCGCUGCCGCCAUAUCCCAUGCAGCACCCGCCGCAACAGGCUGCGUACCAGGUACCGCUUCACAUGCCUCCCAACCCUCACCAGCCGCACCUCAUCCCCGGCGGCCCGCCGCCGCACAUUCCUAACAAGCCGGUCGCGCCUCAGGGAGUAGCGCCUAACAUGCCCGGUCCUGCUAAUGGCGGCGCUGGCCAUUUCGGCAACCUGCCGAAUUACGGCAACCCUGCGACACUGCCGCAGAGGCCUACCACCAACUAG